AUGCAUCGCUUGCGCAACACCUUCACCAGAUCCCGGACGCCCACGGGUGCGGAGAUGAAAACCCAAAGCAGUCUUGAAGUGCCAAAGCAGGUACGCUCAGCAUCGUUCGACGAAAUACAACUUGAAGCGCAGCGUUCGAGCCAGCAGCGGUCACUGUCGGUCGCCGCAGCAUCGGCCGAUGAGCCGUCGAUGGCGGGUGUGGGUGGUACGUCCGGUGUCGGGAGCCUACUGCUCCAGGUGCCGCAAACUACGCCCGGUCAGCGUUCGCGCAGCUUCGACCUGGCUGGUUCGGCCUCGGACGAAGGCAGUGCGGUGGCGGCCGCGUUUCUCGACGUGCCGAAACGGUUCCAGCGCCGCAAGUCCAGCUCGAAAACGCCGCCACCGUGCAUACACUGCCUGUAUCUGGAGGAGUACCGGCGUCUGAUUGGGGUGGAGCAGCGGCUCUAUUACGACAGCGAGGAGUACCAGGCGUACGUCGAUUACACGUCGAGUUCCUGCUCCUCCGGCGACGAUGAGGACGAUGGUGAGGACGGCGACGCUGACGAGGAGGAGGGCGCAAACGAGAGCGAACCGGUGGCGGGUGCUGGCGGCGCGGAGGAGGAUGCGCUGGAGGGGGCCGUGGGUGGUACGGGCGGGAGCGUGAACCGAGUGGCGGCGGUCGGGCUCGCCGGUCCCAGCGGUGCUGGCGAUGAAGCGCGCGGUCACUUCGGUGAAGGUUACUACGACUACGAUUACGACUACGACGAUGACGACGACGAUGAGGACGACUACGGCGAUGAGGCGGAGGCAGACGAUGACAACGAGGACAACAGCGAGAACGAGACCGAUCGGCGCAAACGAGUCCGGGAGCGCAAAAAGGAACCAACGUUCGGGCUGGAAGCGCCCGCGUACGAUUACGCUUCGCUCUUCCAGCGCGUAUCACCGCGCAGAUCCCAACCCCGGGAGGAGUGUGAUGGUGCGAGCACCUCCACUGUGCGCCUGUCGCCGCCGGCCGUUCCGUCACCCUGCCGCAUCACGCUGACGAUUUCGCCGACAAAGCCGGACGACGAUGACUACACGGGGCACGGUGGCCCCACGCUCGAACCGGCCCGACCGGGCGAGAUCGCGCUGAUGUUGCCCGACGAGGAUGAGGCGGCCGGUGCUGGGCCGGACCCGAGAGCCACGGCGUUGACGCACGACACACCGUCCGCAUCCGAUCCACCGCCGGAACCGGCCGGCGAAGCGGUCGAACCGUCGCCACCGAACCGCACCCGGCGGCGGUCCAUCUCGCGCCAGGAAGCGAUCAUCGUCGAACCGACCGGCAGCUCGCUCGAGAACGUUUCCAACGCAUCCGACAGCCGGCCGGCGUCACCGCCGCCGCGCACCACCCGCCCGGUACCGGACAUCCACACCGGCGCCGAUGCCGAACCCGACAAUCAGCUGCCCCAGCAGCGGCCACCGCAGCGGGGCCGGGCCGCCUCGAUGGGACCGAUCAUACCGUCCUCAACAUCCUCACCGCCACCACCGCUACCAACCUACCCGUGCUACGACCCGGCGCCCCGGCUCCCGCUAGAGUCACCGCCACCGUCCGCCGGCCUCACCGUGCAGCCGUCGCAACCGGCCGACUUCGUGCGCGACAUCUACCUGCAGGUGCCGGACCUGAAGCGGGACCGGGCCGCGUCCGUCGACUCCUGCUUCACCAAGGUGACCGGCGCCAAGACGGAGGAACUCCAGCCGCCACCGGACGGGGCCUGCCUGAACCUGCUGGCCGUCCCGAGCAGCGGCGCCGUACGAUCGCGCUCGGUCGACAUCGUGCUGCCGACGGAGGAGCAGGCCCGCUACAAAGCCCUCGCCCUGGCCGGCCCGUCCGGUCCGGGCGGUGGUAACGCCACCGGCAGUUCCGGUACCACCGGCGGCCAUCUUGCACCAGGCACUAGAGGCGGUGACCCACACGGACGCCAGAUACGUUGCACUCCCGACUGGAGCGAAAAUGCCGUCUCCGGCGAUCAUCUCUGGGUGCCAACUUCCGUUUCCGGCGACUGCUGCUAUGUCGGUGAUAACGAUUGCACGAAGCACGGACCGCGGAUGAAGUGUGCCGCGUGCAAGAUCAUCUCCCAUGCGAGCUGCAUCUCGGUGCUGAUGGAACGUAGCCAGCUGCAGUGCAAACCGACGUUCCGUGACGUCGGUGUGCGCCAGUAUCGCGAGCAGACGAAAACCACCCACCAUUGGGUGCAUCGGCGCACCGAGAAGGGCAAAUGCAAGCAGUGCGGCAAGUCCCUGCAAGCGAAACUUACGUUCAGCUCGAAAGAGAUAGUCGCAUUGUCGUGCGCUUGGUGCAAAGCGUCCUACCACAACAAGGAAGCGUGCUUCAACCCGGAACGUAUCGGCGAGGAGUGUACACUCGGCACACACCGGAGCAUCGUUGUGCCACCGUCGUGGAUCGUGAAGUUACCGCGUAAGGGCAAUUUCAAAUCGUCACUGCGCAAAACACCGCAGAAAAAGAAGAAGGCAGGCAAGAAGGUGUCGAUACCGCGGGAACCGCGCACAUUCGUGAUCAAACCAAUACCGACCGCCAACAUUACACCGGUGCUGGUCUUUAUCAAUCCGAAAUCGGGUGGCAACCAGGGCGCAAAGCUGCUGCAAAAGUUCCAGUGGUUGCUAAAUCCGCGCCAAGUCUUUGAUCUGACGCAGGGUGGUCCACGGAUGGGACUUGAGUUGUUCCGCAAGGUACCACAGCUACGUAUACUCGCCUGCGGUGGUGACGGUACCGUCGGUUGGGUAUUGUCAGUGCUCGAUCAAAUUAACUUCGUACCGCCGCCAGCCGUUGGUGUGUUGCCGCUCGGUACCGGGAAUGAUCUUGCCCGUGCCCUUGGCUGGGGUGGUGGAUACACCGACGAACCGAUUGGGAAGAUAUUGGCAAACAUUGGCAACUCCGACACGGUGUUGCUCGAUCGCUGGAGUCUGAAGGUAGAGCCGAACACAUCGGUCCCAAACACGGGCGACGGCAAGGACAAUCUACCGCUGAACGUCGUGAACAACUACUUCUCGCUCGGUGUUGACGCUCAUAUUGCACUCGAGUUCCAUGAAGCGCGCGAGGCGCAUCCGGAGAAGUUUAACUCGCGGCUGCGAAAUAAGAUGUUCUAUGGCCAGGCCGGUGGCAAGGAUCUACUGAAGCGCAAGUGGAAGGGUUUGGCCGAAUUUGUAACGCUCGAGUGUGACGGCAAGGAUCUGACACCGAAGCUCAAGGAGCACAAGGUGCACGCUAUAGUAUUCCUCAACAUUCCAAGCUACGGUGGUGGUACACAUCCGUGGAACAAAUCCGGUGGCCAGUUUGAACCGGCUACCGACGAUGGUAUGAUCGAGGUGGUCGGACUGACCACCUAUCAACUACCGUUGCUGCAGGCCGGAGGUCACGGUACCUGCAUUACUCAGUGCCGCACAGCGCGCAUCGUCACGUCCAAGACAAUACCGAUGCAGGUGGACGGUGAGGCGUGCAAGCUGAACCCGUCCAACAUCGAACUCACACUGCUGAACAAGGCUGUGAUGCUGGCCAAGAAGAAGCCCGGGCGGGCAAAUGUACCGCAAGAAAAGUUGGAAUCACUCAACAUCAGUCUGAUGAAGAUCAUGAUGUCGGACUACGAGCAGCACCACUAUGACAAGGAGCUGCUACGACAAUCAGCGGUAACGCUGGGCAGUCUCGAGGUGCCCGUUACCGAUCUGGAGCAGAUGCGCGUGCUCAUCAACAAGUACUGCAGUGAGCAACCGGACAGCCCCAAGCUGUCCCCGGACUGGUGCUUCAUUGACUCCUGCACCGCCGAGCGUUUCUUCCGCGUGGACCGGGCACAGGAGAAUCUACACUUCAUCACCGACAUCGCGACGGACUGUGUGUUUGUGCUGGAUCAGGAAAGCCCGACCCUGCCCCAAACGCCCGAGGACGAACAUCGGCGGCUCGGCGCCCAUGGGCCACCGGUUACGAGCAGUCUCGAAUCGAGCGAUGGUGCCGCAUCACCGUUCUCACCGCACGCCGGCAAACUGUUCGACCGCUCCCUGUCCGGGCCGCCAGCCUCCAGUGACAUUCCAUUGCGCAAGAGUUCGCAGGGUUCCAAUGAAGCGGACGGUACUCAUCCACGUGCCCCGAUGGUGCACGACUCCGUUGGCAAUGGGCAAAGCCUGGACCAGAUGGUCAACUUCAAAAGCUUUCACGAGCGUUUGUUCGGUCUCAAUGAGGAUGCGUUUGGAUUCAGUAAUUUGCUGGAAAAAACAACGGAUGCCGUAAUUAAAGCCGCCAAAACGAGUGACUUGAUAAUGUUAAAGGAUCUCCAUCUGCAAGGCUACUCUCUUCUCUCCAUCGACUCCACCGGACAGACGGCCCUCCACCACGGUGCCCGCUGCGGCCACAAGGACAUCGUACGCUAUCUCAUCUCCUACGCACCCAGCUCCAUCAUCAACAUGAUAGACAACGAAUCGGGACAGACGGCGCUGCAUAAGGCGGCCGCCGGACGGCAGCGCAGCAUCUGCUACAUGCUUGUCGCCGGUGGUGCGAACCUCAACAUACAGGACAAUGACGGACGUACCGCACGCAUGCUCGCCUCGAACGCGGACGACUUUGAGCUGGCAUUCUAUCUCGAAAAUCAAGAGCAGUUUCAGCUUAUCGACUUCCGAAGCAACAACAUCUAAAGUGGAAACAACUAAAAAACCCCACCCCCACCCUCCAAACCGGAAGGAAUUCGAGUGGCGUAGAGUUGGCGUGAAAGUUAUUAUGAGUUUAAUGUAUUGUUGAAUGUGCGGCGGGAAGAGGGAGAGUGGGGGGAGGGGGGUUACUUCGCGGCUAAUCUCUUCGGCAGAGUGCCAAUGCAUCGAAGAACAAUGAAACAUCACGCCGUAACAGUCCCGCGUACGUGGCGUAUCGGCAAGAUCUUAACGCGCCGGAAAAAAAAAACAAAGCAGCACUGUCUCUACCAGCAUGCCGUCACCGUCUUCGGCUCAGUGUGUGAGUGUUGGUCCCGUUCGUUGCGUGUAUGUGUUUUCUUUUAAUUUUUCGAGCAGUUCAAAGUUGCACCCGAGAAGCGUGAAAAUCGUGUGUCGUUAGUGUAAAACCGUGUGGUGGGCCUCCAGGACCUCCACCCCGUCGGAGCAGAAGGAGAGAAGAUAUAAAACAAAACAAAAAUAACACGGAUUGAACGGAACAGGUCUGGAAGUGAGGAAUAGAUGAAACAUGAAACUUCAAACUAAAUACAGCAAAUGAAAACGAACACAAAAAAAAAUCCAUUUAUUAACCGGACGCGAUAUAGUUCACCGGGCGUGGUAUAUUAUGAAUCUCGGCUACAAAACGCCCGCAUCUAGGCAACACGCUAGACGUUUAGUAACUAUUUCACGUAUAUAUUGCUACUUACGGGGUUAUUACCUGCUGUUACUACUAAUUACUACUGCUGCAAACUACUAUUAUAAUACAGCAAACAACAACAACAACAGAGAGAACGAUUUGCGCAACGUGGAGACCGCCUAAACCAGCUAAAUGUAAUGUUUGUUAGAGCUCACCAAUUAGCCGACCCGUACGCGAACACUUUCAACACACACAAAAACACCCAAAAACUCCCGCAAAAAAAAACCACUAAGCUAACCUAAGAUAUAGACGAGGGCCAGAAAGGGGAAGAGACAAACAAAAACAAACAAACAAACAAAAAUACUACAACAGUUUUCCGCAUGCGAAAGCGGAAAUAUAUUUUACUAGAACCAUUUAAAUGUAGUUCACAGAGUCCAACACUAGAUGGCGUGUGUUAAUCAGUGUCUAGUUGAUCCACGGCUUGCAACCAACGAUGGAGCAACAAGAAAAAAAAAGACGGCAUCCAUAGCAUAGGUUUCGAACACUGCGCAAUGCACAUCUCACCACACACAUACACACAUCUAUUCUUCCCUUUAUUAAUCUCCUCCUCUCCCCCCCCCUCCUCCCCUUUCCCCUAUUGCACUCCCUUUCUAUUCUCCUGCUCCCUUACACACCCCAAUAAAAGCCUCGCAACAACCAAAAGGUAGCAUCAACCGAAACAGGCAAAACUAAACACAUGAAACACAGUCGGACGAUGUAGUAGCGCGAUACCGUAAAGUCACCGGUACCUGCUUUGUGAAGUAGAACAAGAAGAGAAGAGGAAAGAAAAAAAAACAAACUGGAACUAAAGUAUCUUGUGCAGGAGAGGUAGCGUAGUGCGAGAGGCGAGUCCCGCUGGCACUGGCAGCAGGCGGAAAGAUUGACCAAACACGGUUCGGCCAACGCAGGGCCCAUGGCAGUGGCAGUGAGUCCAGGAAAAAAAACCCCGGCCACGACUAUCGCGAUUGGCGAAACGCGCGACCAGCGAGUGAGGCUGCGGCCAGAUUGAGUGCCGCCACGGGACUCAAGCAGUAGUGCUAAAAGGGAUUCUUCUUAGAUGAUGAUAUAUACUUAUACAUGCAUAUUAUACUUAUACAUAUAUGGGCCCCCCCCGAGAGGCAGGCUGCCCAAAGGAAAAGAAGAAAAAAAAAACAUUAGAUAAUUAUCCCUCGUCGGUAGUUCUGAC